AUGGCGGCGGCGGGAUGCGAUGGCGACUCCGGGCCUGCACAGGAGCUGUUGGUGGCCUGGAACACCGUGAGCACCGGGCUGGUGCCGCCGGCCGCUCUGGACUGGUGAGGCCCGGAAGAGGGCAGCGGGCCCGCGUCCUCGCGGACCAGCGGAGCGGUGCCGCCCAAGGAGGAGGAGCUGCGGGCGGCGGUGGAGGUCUUGCGGGGCCAUGGGCUGCAUUCGGUCCUGGAGGAGUGGUUCGUGGAGGUGCUGCAGAACGACCUGCAGGCCAACAUCUCCCUGGAGUUCUGGAACACCAUCUCCCAGCGCGAGAACUGCGCAGACGAGCCGCAGUGCCUUCUGCUUCUCCUGGACGCUUUCGGCCUCUUGGAGAGCCGGCUGGACCCCUACCUGCGUAGUCUGGAGCUCUUGGAGAAGUGGACGCGCCUGGGCUUGCUGAUGGGCGCUGGCGCUCAGGGGCUGCGGGAAAAGGUCCACACCACGCUGCGCGGCGUCCUGUUCUUUUCCACUCCCAGGACCUUUCAGGACAUGAUUCAGCGCCUCUACGGCCGGUUUUUGAAAGUGUACAUGCAGAGUAAGAGGAAGGGGAAGGGCACGGACCCCGAGCUGGAGGGGGACCUGGACAGAAGGUACGCGCGGCGGCGGUACUACCGGCUCCUGCAGAGCCCGCUGUGUGCGGGGUGUGGCAGUGACAAGCAGCGGUGCUGGUGCGCCAGGCGCUGGAGCAGUUUUCACCAGCUCAGCAGGUCUGUGUACCCGCGCCUCUGUUCUUCCGGACUCUCCCUUACCGCCCUGGGUCCGGCUGGCUGGCCGUGGCACAGGGAGGGUCCCCGGAUCUCUGUGCUGGGAUGCCUGUGCGUCCUGUCCACGGACACCGGUGUGUCUCUGCUGCUCACGCGGUGCCAGGUUUCACGCUCUGCGUACCCUGAGAGCCUACGGAUUCCACGUGCCCUUGGCCACACAGAUGUCUGCUGCGGUCUUGCGCACAGGCUCAGUCUGUUGGAGCGGGUCAGUGCCGAGGCUGUGACCAGCACCCUGCACCAGGUGACCAGGGAGAGGAUGGAGGACCGAUGCCGGGGCGAGUAUGAGCGCUCCUUUCUGCGUGAGUUCCACAAGUGGAUCGAGAGGGUGGUGGGCUGGCUGGGCAAGGUAUUCCUGCAGGACGGCCCGGCCCGGCCUGUGUCCCCUGAAGCCGGCAACACACUGCGUCGCUGGCGCUGCCACGUGCAGCGGUUCUUCUACGGGAUCUACGCCGGCUUGCGCAUCGAGGAGCUCUUCAGCAUCAUCCGAGACUUUCCAGACUCGCGGCCAGCCGUCGAGGACCUCAAAGUACUGCCUGGAGAGGACUGGACCAGAGGCAGCAGCUGCUCUGUCCCCAAGGCUGCCCGGAGGACACGUCUCCUCCAUCCAGGUGCCGGGACGUGCGACAUCAUCACCCUCUACAUAUCCGCCAUCAGCCUGCGUGUGCUGGACCCAUCCAUGGUCACGGAGGUGGCCUGCGAGCCGUUCGCCGCCUACCUGAGGACGCGGGAGGACACAGUGCGGCAGAUUGUGGCUGGGCACGGGGACUCCGACGGGACGGGGACCUUGGCUGUUGAGCUGUCCAAGACGGAUCCAGCGAGCCUGGAGACCGCAGACAGCGAGGAUGACUCUGGCGAGCCAGAGGACUGGGUCCCUGACCCCGUGGAUGCUGAUCCAGUGUCAUCCAGCUCCAAGCGGCGCUCCUCGGACAUUAUCAGCUUGCUGGUCAGCAUCUACGGCAGCAAGGACCUCUUCAUCAACGAGUACCGCUCGCUGCUGGCCGACCGCCUCCUGCACCAGUUCAGCUUCAGCCCCGAGCGGGAGAUCCGCAACGUGGAGCUGCUGAAGCUGCGGUUCGGUGAGGCCCCGAUGCACUUCUGUGAGGUCAUGCUGAAGGACAUGGCAGAUUCCCGUCGCAUUAAUGCCAACAUCCGUGAGGAGGAUGAGAAGCGUCCCGCAGAGGAGCAGCCGCCUUUCGGGGUCUAUGCCGUCAUCCUGUCCAGCGAGUUCUGGCCGCCUUUCAAGGACGAGAAGCUGGAGGUCCCCGAGGACAUCCGGGAGGGCCCUUGAGGUUUACUGCAAGAGUAUGAGAAGCUGAAGGCCAUGCGGACCCUCAGCUGGAAGCACACCCUGGGCCUGGUGACCAUGGACGUGGAGCUGGCCGACCGCACCCUGUCUGUGGCUGUGACUCCUGUGCAGGCGGUGGUCUUGCUGUACUUCCAGGACCAAGCCAGCUGGACCCUGGACGAGCUGAGCAAGGUGGUCAAGAUGCCCGUGGCGCUGCUGCGGCGGCGGAUGUCGGUGUGGCUGCAGCAGGGUUGGCUGCGGGAGGAGCCGGCCGGGACCUUCUCUGUCGUGGAGGAGGAGCGGCCGCAGGACCGGGACAGCAUGGUGCUCAUCGACAGCGAUGAGGAGAGCGACUCGGGCAUGGCCUCCCAGGCGGACCAGAAGGAGGAGGAGCUGCUGCUCUUCUGGACGUACAUCCAGGCCAUGCUGACCAAUCUGGAGAGCCUCUCGCUAGAGCGCAUCUACAGCAUGCUGCGCAUGUUCGUGGUCACGGGGCCCGCACUGGCCGAGAUCGACCUACAGGAGCUGCAGGGCUUCCUGCAGAAGAAGGUGCGCGACCAGCAGCUCGUCUACUCGGCUGGUGUCUACCGCCUGCCCAAGAGCUGCAGCUGAUGCCCCCCCGGGCCUGCCUGGGCCCCCGCAGCGCCGAGUAAAGCAGAUGGUUCUCUGUCCUCUCCCUGUCCUCGUGGCUUUGUGGGCCCAUCACGAUCCUGUGGUCCAGGCUCUCCCUCCAGACUGACCUCCCCACCCCCGCUUCGCAGGAGCAGAAGAAACACGGGUGGCCAGGCCCCAGUCCUGGCCUAUACACCUGGGUUGGGCUCCAGACCCAGAGCCCCAGCACACAAGUGUCCCUAGGCCACACCAGCUGGUGACAGCUCACCUCUGAGCCUGAAGCUCAGGCAGGAGCACCCACACUGGAGAGUUCCGGCCCCGAGCUGCACUCUGGCCUUUGGAAGGAUCCCUUGGGUCCCCAGCCCUUUUCUUGGCCUGAAGGUCCAGGGGUGUUGCUGGGACGCAUGGGCACAGCUGGGCAUCUCCUCACGUCUUCAGCAGGAGGGGCUGGCUGUUUGUGGUUCACAAUAAAGUUAGUUUCUGUGCCCUCA